AUGGAUGCUAUAAACUUUCAUGACGACCUCGUCGCCCUGGAGAGGAAGAUCCUAUAUUCAAUACUCUUUGUUCGACAGUCAGAAGAGUUAUGCCGUGGGGACCUUUCUAGUACGGGUCCAGAAGCAAAAGUGACAAUAGGCAGGAAGGUUGCCCAAAGAGCACCGACAAACUCAGCAACCGAGCCAAAUUCUAUACGACAGGUUAAUGGAGUAUCACACCCUUCCAUUUGCGCCAGAGGCACGGUUAAAAGGUCAUACUACAUUCUCCUGGGAGCCGACGACCAAGGGAACUUUUUUUAUUCAGUGUCGCAAUCAAUGAAUAGUGACAAUCUCAGGUUGUCGGCCGCCGUGGAAAGUUUCAGGCAGGAGGUAUCCAGGGUGGAGGAGCAACGAAGGGCUUACCUGUCGCAAGUCCAUAUUGAGUUAGAGCAAUAG